AUGGUCACUAAUAAGUUACUGUUAUUACUAUUACUAUUACAGAGACCCAGCAUUGAUAGUCAAGAAGAAAUUACUACAGAAAGUAAGAUUUUGGAUUUUGAGUCAGCUGGUUCUUCUUCUCCAUCACACCAGUUGCACAUUCAUAAUGUAAUUGCACCAAGUUCUAAUUAUGAAUCUAAACAAUCCGUUCCAAAUUUAUCAUCUAGUUUGCAAGCCAUUCAGGUUGGAUCUCGUUUUCUAGUCAGCACAGUGGUUGAUGAAAAUUAUGAAAAUACAUUAUCGUCACAAGUGUCAGCAAUGUCAAAAGAUUCUGGAAUGGGAACAUCUGUUCAGGUAAUCUGUUUUUUCAUAUAUCAAAUAAUUCUAAAUGAAUAUAUAAUAGACUAGCUGUUACUCACGGCUUUGCCCGCGUGGAUUUUGCAAGCAAACCCCAUUUAUAAUCUGUAUUUCAACAACCAUAGUAAUUAUUAUAUAACACCUACCGCUGAGAAUGAUGAGAAUU